AUGCUUCGAGACGCUCAUCCGAUCACUCUCCACGAUCUAAUACUCGCCUGGCUCGCGCUCACCCUGCUUGUCGCGCGCACUCUCGCUUCAUCAGUUCCGCGACCCCCUCCCUCACUCGACACACUCACGUCGCUCUUCUCGGCCAACGGACACUUCGGACACCUCUCAAACGGCUCAGAAUGGACGCCGACGAACGAAGCGGGGGACAAGUUGUAUAGAACGCGGGCGGCUUGGCAGCCGUCGAGCGGGUGUCGACUGAGACGGUUCGAGCGGGAGGAGAUUGUGCGGUGCGUAGAGGGCGAGAGGCUGGUUGUGUGGGGUGACUCGACUGCGCGGGUGCUUUUCUACGGGCUCAUCAACAAGCUCUCCCCAGCCCUGGUCACCGCCAAACACGAGAACCGAGUCUUCACCUUCCCCUCCCUUCCCUCCAAUCCAUCCAGCCCACUCGCAACCUUCGAAUACCGCUGGGAUCCGAUUCUCGACACCAACACCUACUGCUCGUUCCUCCCCUUCCUCGAGUUCGGAUCCCUCCCUCCGCUCAACACGAGCAUCUCGAGCACCUCGACGAUACCGCUCGCGAAUGUCUUCUCCACCGGAUUGUGGUACAUUGACCCUCGGCCAAACAUGUACCCUCGUUUCCGCGUUCCGGAAUGGAAGGAAGACGUGAUGCGCAUCCUCGAGGCGGCCAAGACGAAGAAGUUGGCGAGGGUGAUGGUGAUUGCUGAGGUGGAGGUGCCGACGGAGAAGGAUGAUUUGGAGGUGCAUCCGCCCGCGCAGGCGAGGGAGAUGAAUCGGUGGUUGAGGGGGGUGAUGGAGGAGAGGAUGGUGAGCGGUGAGGCGGAACGAGCAGUCACGCCUGUCGUCUACGCCCCCGCUUUCAACGCCAUGAUCGCCAACCUCUCUGCCUCGACAGGCGACGGCUUGCACUACUCAAUGGACAUCGCAGAAGAACAAGCCGACCUCGUCCUCAACGCCGUCUGCAGCAGUCGACUCGCAGACUUGCCUGCCGACACUUGCGGGCUCAAUCCGGCUAUCCGACACGCUUGGUCAGAUGACGCGGUGUGGGUUGUCUGUGCGAUGGCGGUGGUACUGCUCAGCGCCGUCUUCCUGCGCCGAAGGAAAACUCGCACUCACGUGCCGCGGCAGUACUCGCUCGCUCGACUCGUCCCUCUCGGCUGGCGCACGACGGGCAAGCACGGUGACGAAGGCUAUCAGCUCGCCAGGACCAAUGUCGACGAUGAGCACUCGGGCUCGUAA